AUGCAGUUCAAGUCCUUCACGUGCGCGCUAUUGCCGCUACUUCUCAAUCUUGUCAGCGGCUCUCCUGAAAGUCGUAUCACAAGAUGCCUUAGAGAACAUACAGGCUCUAACUCGGCAAAUUUCAGCAAGAAUGUGUACCAGACUGGCUUCGAUGGCGUGACCUGGGACGAAGAUAAGUGGCUUCUGAGCACAACCAACUUGGAACAGGGCCGUUUUCAAUCUCGAGGAUCCGUGGCGAAUGGAUAUUUGGGAAUCAAUGUUGCUAGUGCUGGUCCUUUUUUCGAGAUUGACAGUCCCGAUGACACCAACGGUUGGCCUCUUUUCUCUAGACGUCAGACCUUUGCAACAAUCAGUGGAUUCUUUGACUCACAGCCUACCACAAAUGGCAGCAACUUUCCCUGGUUGUCCCAGUAUGGAGGUGACAGUGUGAUUAGUGGUGUUCCCCACUGGGCUGGAAUCAUCUUGGAUCUCGGGGAUGAUACUUAUUUGGAUGCAAAAGUCGACAAUAAGACCAUCUCCGAUUUCCGAACCACAUACGACUUUAAAGCAGGUAUCUUAGUCUGGUCUUACAGGUGGACGCCCCGGGGAAAGAAGGGAUCAUACCAGAUUACCUAUCGUCUAUUCGCCCACAAGCUGUACGUUAAUCAGGCUGUGGUCGAAAUGGAGAUUAUCCCGACCAUGGGGUCGGAUGCGACCAUCGUGAAUGUCAUCGAUGGAGCUUGUGCAGUGCGCACCGACUUUGUGGAGACUGGUGAAGACAAUGGUGCAAUCUUCUCAGCAGUGCGACCGAAUGGGAUUGCCAACGUCACAGCUUAUGUCUACGCAAACCUCACUGGUUCACCAAAUGUGGAUCUUUCCUCGCGCAAGAUUGUAUCCGACAAGCCAUAUGUUCACUCCAACAGAUCCUCUAUCGCCCAAGCUGUGGAUGUGAAGUUCAAGCCUGGCCAGGCAGUUCGCGUCAUCAAAUAUGUCGGAGCUGCUUCUACCGAUGCCUUUGCUGAUCCAAAACAAACGGCGAAGGACGCUGCCUCCGCUGCGAUGAGAAAUGGCUACACUAAGUCUCUUCGAACCCACAUCGUCGAGUGGGAGAAUGUUAUGCCCGAAGCGUCGGUCGAUCACUACGCGUUCCCCAAUGGGACAUUGCCUGCAGAUAGCCAUAUCAUUGAUUCCGCUGUAAUCUCCGUGGCCAACACUUACUACUUGCUGCAGAAUACUGUUGGCAAGAAUGGAGUCAAGGAAGCUGCUGGAGCACCAGUAAAUGUGGACAGUAUUUCAGUGGGUGGUUUGACCUCUGACUCCUAUGGUGGCCAAGUCUUCUGGGAUUCAGAUGUAUGGAUGCAACCUGGUCUUGUUGCCUCUCACCCAGAGGCUUCCGAGCGCUUCACCAAUUUCCGUGUGGCCAAGUACGCCCAAGCACAAGAGAAUAUCAAGACUGCUUUCUCUGGCUCUAAGAAUCAGACACAUUUCAGUCCGUCAGCUGCAAUUUUCCCUUGGACCAGUGGCCGUUUUGGCAACUGCACAGCUACUGGUGCUUGCUGGGACUACCAGUAUCACCUGAACGGAGACAUCGGAAUAUCCUUGGUUAACCAAUGGGUUACAAGUGGCAAUACAAAACUAUUCAAAGAAGAACAUUUCCCGAUCUACGAUUCAGCGGCUACGCUCUAUGCGGACCUGCUUGUUCGAAACGGGUCUUAUUGGGCGUUAACCAACAUGACUGACCCUGAUGAAUAUGCCAACCACGUUGAUGCGGGUGGCUAUACAAUGCCCCUCAUGGCGGAGACCCUCCGAUAUGCCAAUGUCUUCCGUCAGCAAUUUGGACUCGAAGAAAAUGCUACCUGGGAACAGAUGGCAGACAAUGUCUUGGUUCUUCGUGAAAACGAGGUCACACUUGAGUUCACUACCAUGAAUGGAAGCGCUGUGGUCAAGCAAGCUGAUGUGGUUAUGGUCACCUAUCCCCUGGGGUACACUGCCAACUACACCAGCCAGAAUUCGCUGAAUGAUCUGGACUAUUACGCAGGCAAACAAUCUCCUGAUGGCCCUGCGAUGACAUGGGCUAUCUUUUCCGUCGUCGCAAACGAAGUGUCGCCUUCUGGAUGCUCAGCAUACACAUAUGGGCAGUACUCCUAUAAGCCUUAUACCCGUGCGCCAUUCUUCCAACUGUCCGAGCAGAUGGUGGAUAACGCUACCAUUAAUGGAGGCACGCACCCGGCGUAUCCAUUCUUGACUGGCCAUGGCGGCUCCAACCAGGUUGCCAUAUAUGGGUAUCUUGGACUGCGGCUGGUACCAGAUGAAAUCCUUCAUGUGGAUCCAAAUUUGCCUCCGCAGAUUCCAUACCUGAAGUAUCGUACCUUCUACUGGCGGGGAUGGCCCAUCUCGGCGUGGUCAAACUACACACACACAACCAUCAGCCAUGCUACAGAGACCGUCCAGCUGGAGACUGCCGACCAGCGAUUUGCCAACAAAACAAUCACCAUUCACUCUGGCCCAGAAGACGAUACCACCGUUUAUUAUCUCCCUGUCAAGGGUUCCGUUGUGAUUCCUAACCGACAGAUUGGUUCAAAAAACACUGUGGCAGGCAAUCUCGUACAAUGCCAGGCUGUUUCUUCUUCAGAUGCAUUCGAACCUGGACAAUUCCCCAUUUCCGCAGUAGAUGGUGCAGCGUCGACAAAAUGGCAGCCCUCACUUGCGGCCGAGGUCAACUCUGUGACAGUCUCCCUCGAACAUGAGGCCGGCGCUAUGGUAUCAGGCUUCUACUUCGAUUGGGCGCAUGCGCCGCCAGUCAAUGCCACAGUGAUCUUCCACAAUAAGACAUUGGAAGAUCCUGCAAUGGCGCUGUCCGCCCCAAGCUCGGACUACAAAGUUGUCCACAGCAUGACAAACAUCAUCCAAUCGAAUCCAUACGAUCAUGAGACCACAAAUCUUGACAUCAUUGCCAUCCCUACCGGAAACACGACAAAUGUGACUUUAUCAUCACCUGUGCCAGCCGCGCGCUAUGCAUCUCUGCUGAUCGUGGGGAACCAAGCGCUUGAUCCUGUUGAUGUGGAGGCCAAAAAUGGAACCGGCGCGACUGUUGCUGAGUGGGCUAUUCUCGGGCAAGAAAAGACACGCACACCCUCAGGCCGCAGAUCUGCCAAUAAGAAGAUUAGCAUGCGUGCAGCAGCGGUGCUAUCGGAUACAGAUGUCUUUAUGCGUCGGCGUGGAUAG